AUGGAGAACGACAUCCUGGAGAUGGAGUCCUUGUCUGACGCCGAGGAACUGGAGGGAGAUGCCCGCCUCGAAAUGAUAGCCGAAGACGUCGUUUACCCUGAGGAGUUUUUACCAACAUAUCACAGUAUUCCAGAAGGCUUGACGGUAGUUAAAGUGCAACUGGCCGAGUUCGACGACAAGCCUGACUCUCUCUUCUUCAACGACGGCGUCCGGCGGAUCGACUUCAUCCUGGUCUAUGAAGAUGAGGACAAGAAGGAGUUUGAGAAGCGACACACAUUCGCACGCAGAAAGAGACGGCGGGAGUACUUUGAAGCUAGUCUGAUGAAAAUGGGAAUGGAGUUGGAGGCAACACCAUCUGUAAUGGACGAAAACCUGGUAUUCGUCAAAGUGCACAUGCCGUGGGACACGCUGUGCACGUACGCCGAGGUGCUGCACAUUCAGCUCCCCAUCCAGCCCAACGACCUGUUGUCGAAGCGCUCGCCAUGGUGGCAGUGGCUGUCCAUAGCCACCAAGCCUUUUUACCCGAGCGAGAGCCUCAUCACCAAGGAGGCCGAGUUCUUCACCGCCCCCUUCGAGAAGGCCCGCCUGGAGUACUUCUACGUCAAGGACAAGGAUACUUUCUUCACGUCCUCAAUGCGGAGCAGGAUGGCUUAUUAUAUUUUAAGUCGAGCCCCGUAUGAGAUAAGAGGCAGAGUGAAGAAGUUCGGCAUCCGAAAACUGUUGGACGGUGGCGUUUACAAGGCUGCCUACCCUCUCCAUGACUGCAGGUUCAACGUCAAGUCCAAAGAACAAGACUGCCCCAAUGAGAGGUUUCGCCUCUACAAAGAAUGGGCCCACCCCAAAAGCUUCUACAAGAUGCAACCGCUCAACCUCAUAAGGAAGUACUAUGGUGAAAAAAUUGGUAUUUACUUUGCCUGGUUGGGUUUUUAUACCAUCAUGCUGGCUAUAGCUGCUGUUGUGGGCCUGAGUUGUUUCAUAUACGGAUACAAAACGCAAGAAACCAGCACGUGGAGCAUAGAAGUAUGUGAUCCUGAGAUUGGAGGCAAAAUAGUGAUGUGCCCGCAGUGCGACCAGGAAUGCAAAUACUGGCGGUUAAACAGCACCUGUGAAGCUUCAAAGAAACUGUGCAUAUUUGACAACUUUGGCACCCUAGUGUUUGCGGUUUUCAUGUCAAUUUGGGUGACGCUGUUCCUGGAAUUUUGGAAGCGUUACCAGGCUGAGCUGGAAUACCAGUGGGACACGGUGGAGUUCCUGGAGCAGGAGGAGCCGCCUCGGCCAGAAUAUGAGGCCAAGUGUAUAUACGAGAGGAAAAAUCCAAUCACAGGGGUGAAGGAAAAAGUGCCAUACACAGCCUGCGGACGAUGCGUUCGGGUGUCCAUUGGAAUAGGCACGGUUUUAUUCUGGAUAUUACUGAUUUUGGCAUCCAUCGUGGCUAUCACCGUGUACCGCCUGGCCGCCUUCUUCGCCUUCUCGGCUAGGCUGCGAGCGCAGGACCUGAAGGAACUGGAGCCCCUCAAGGAGUACGUGACGCCGCAGAUGGCCACGUCGGUCACGGCCUCGAUCAUCAGCUUCGUGGUCAUCAUGAUUCUUAACACGCUAUACGAGCGGGUCGCCAUCUGGAUCACCAAUUUUGAGCUGCCAAGGACCAAAACGGACUAUGAGAACAGCCUGACACUCAAGAUGUUCCUCUUCCAGUUCGUCAACUACUACUCGUCUUGUUUCUACAUCGCCUUCGCCAAAGGGAAAGCUGUCGGAUAUCCCGGACAACCUGUGUACCUCGUGGGAAAAUAUCGUAACGAAGAGUGUGAUCCUGGCGGUUGUCUGAUCGAACUGACUACUCAGCUGUCAAUCAUCAUGGGUGGUAAAGCCAUCUGGAAUAACAUCCAAGAGGUCUUAUUACCAUGGGUGAAAAAUUUGAUCUUUCGCUACUGCACGCGUUCGUCGUCACAGAAGGCAAUCCCUCGCUGGGAACAAGACUACCAGCUCCAACCCAUGUCCAAACUGGGACUCUUCUAUGAAUAUCUUGAAAUGGUCAUCCAGUUUGGUUUCGUCACCCUCUUCGUGGCCUCCUUCCCCCUGGCUCCCGUCCUGGCGCUUGUCAACAACUUAUUCGAAAUUCGCGUGGACGCCUGGAAAAUCACCACGCAGUUCCGCCGUAUCGUACCGGAAAAGGCCCAGGACAUCGGUGCCUGGCAGCCCAUUCUACAAGGCGUCGCCAUCCUGGCCGUCGCCACCAACGCUAUGAUCAUCGCCUUCACCUCCGAUAUGAUCCCACGGUUGGUUUACUACUGGUCGUUCUCCGUGUACCCGUAUGGACAACACGACUCUCAAACCAUGCGAGGCUACAUCGAAAGCUCUUUAUCCAUCUUCAACAUCAGCGAUUUCUCCGACUACAGCAGGCCGCUGAGCACGCCGUACAACAUCACCACUUGCAGGUAUCGAGAUUUCCGCUACCCUCCCGGGCAUCCAAAAGAGUAUGAGCACAACAUCUACUACUGGCAUGUGAUCGCUGCCAAAAUGGCGUUUAUAAUUGUUGUCGAGCACAUCGUUUACCUGACCAAAUUCGUCCUUUCCUACGUCAUCCCGGACGUGCCGUACGCCGUCAAAGAACAAAUCAAGCGGGAGAAAUACCUGACCCAGGUGAUCCUGCAUGAGACAAACCUCAAACUCGUCACCAAGCGCCUGAAGCCCGCCCAUGACGUCGCGGGAAAGAACGGGGACGGCAAGCCGGCGAAAGAGGAAAUUGAACUGGAUUUUUGA